AUGGUAUCAUUUUAUAGAUUUACUUUUAUUUUAUUUGGCUUGGUUAAUAUUACUUAUCAAGUAAUCUUAGUUGGAUAUUAUAUACAAAUGCUUGGAAAGCUUCCAACUUAUGAAUACAAUAACGUCUCAUUUCCCUCAGUCAAAAAAAUGGUAAAAGCAAUUGUUGCAGAUAAAAAUAUAAAUUAUCUUGAACAUUUAUUAAUAUUUGUUGUUGGCUUCAAAAGAGGACGGCGUAUAGAUAAAAAUUAUGAUGUCACUUGUGAAAAAGCAAUAUCAUAUUUAAGUGAGAAGUAUAUAAACAAAUUUUAUAAAUUAAAAAAUGAAUGCACAACAAAUCAAAAAACGGAUUAUACAUGUGCCAAUAAACAUUUUAAUGGUUUUGACUAUGCUGUUGAUUACAUGAUGAGGUCAAAUUGUCAUAUAAAUGCUCCAUCAAACACUCUUCAACCUGUGCUUAAUGAUAAAUCAUCAUUUCUACCAAAAGACGCCUGUAUAAUAUUACAAAGUGGUAAAAAAUUUUUAAAAGAUAAUUUAUUUAGUAAUAAAAUAUGGUAUAAACAUUGGCAUAGGUGUGAUGAAUAUUGCUAUUUAAAAAAAGAUUUUGCAUCAACUAAACUAAAAUAUUUUCUUGAAAUCAAUGAUUAUCGUCGUCAAUUUGGCUUAAAACCUCUGCGAUUUAAGAAUAGGUUUAAUUUGUUAGCACAAAGCCGUGCUAAAGAACUAUCCAGAGGUCAACAAACAAAAUUUGACUUUGAUAAGACAUAUAGUGAAAUAACGGGUUUUUCAUAUAUUACGUAUGCUAAAUUUUAUCUCAAAAUAAUGUUUGAUGAUGCUUAUAUGAAUAAAUCCAGACGAAACAGUCUAACUCUAAGAGAUAUUGAACCAUUAAUGGAUCGAAAUACUAUGGCUUUAGGAAUUGGUAUCACAACCAGAGGUGACAAAGUUUUUAUAGUUAUUAUAUGUGAAUGA